GAGUAGUCAAUUGAUCACUUGAUCGUGUUUAUAUUGCAUUACGGCACAUAUAUUUUUCAUUUAAGCUCUCUAUUGUAAAAAUACCUUUCCACUAUCAUCGACUGUUCAUCGUGUUGUCGUGUUUCGGCAAUGCUCGCAGCUUCCGUUCGCCGAAGUUCGCAUGCUCUGCGAACCUCAUCUCGACUAAGCUAUCUUGAGAUUUGGAAUUUUGCUCAUUCCAGAGGCCUCGGCCGUCAAACUAAGGAUAUCGAAGGCAUCACAGUUCAACUUGAGCGGUAUAAAACUGCAGUCGAGUUUCCGAAUGCAACGCAUACUUUUCCAUCCUUAUUGCAAGAUGCAAAGCCGGGGGAUACGGUUGUCCUCCACGGCUACCUGGGAAAUAGAGCAGACAUAUCUAAGAAGCUAUCAUUUGUCAGGUUAACCGAUCCAACGAUGCGACAAAAUAUUCAGAUCAUAUCCUCUGCGAAAACUGGUUCCCAUCAGCAAUUGAAGUCUAUUCCCAGUAAUAGCCCUGUUGCGAUCCAAGGAACACUUCAAGCGAAAAAGGGAAGUGGUGCGGGGGACCGCGAGAGCAAAGAGGUUGAGAAGAUCGAUAGUCUUGAGAUCAACCUAACAGAUAUUUGGCUCCUCAACGACUUUUCCAAGGAUAUCAUCAUGACAUCUGAGACCGUGUUCCCAGCAGAACAAAGGCACCUGCAGUUGCGAUCGGACCGAAGCCUUCGUGAAGCACUUCGGUUUCGCUCAGAGGCGCGCAAAGUCUGCAGAGAGGAGCUCGAGAACAAUUCGGCUCCGUUUAUUGAGAUAGAGACGCCAUUGUUGUUCAAAUCUACACCUGAAGGUGCACGGGAAUUCAUAGUUCCCACUCGUCGCAAGGGCUUGGCAUAUGCCCUGCCUCAAAGCCCGCAGCAGUAUAAACAGAUUCUCAUGGCAAGCGGUAUACCUCGAUAUUAUCAAUUCGCACGCUGUUUUAGAGAUGAGGAUUUGAGAGCUGAUAGACAGCCCGAAUUCACUCAACUCGAUCUAGAAAUGUCAUUUGCUACUGGCGAAGAUGUCAUGGGGGCUAUUGAAAAAGUAAUUCGGAGGCUAUGGUCGAGCCUUCUCGGUAUAGAUCUUGGCACUGAACCAUUCACGAGGAUGCCUUACCAGGAAGCCAUGAGUCGCUUUGGGUCUGAUAAGCCUGAUGCCCGUCUAGGAAUGGAGAUCAUCAGACUUGACUAUGUGCUACCAGUGGAUCUUGUUCAAAAGAUUUCGCCUCUCACAAACCCCAUUGUGGAAGCUUUCAAGCUAGAAAGUGAAGAUAAUGACCCAUCUAAAACAUUAGAGCUCAUUACCCGCUUCCUUGACUCCCCCGCCGGUGCAGAGUUCAAUAAGAACCCAGACGGCGGUCCCGGAAUAUUUGUGUACGACGCCAAGAGACCUCUACGUGGUCUCAUGCCAUUUGGCUUUGAGGCUGCAGAGCGAGUGGAAGAACUUUUAGAACCGGAUCACGGUGACCUUAUUGUUUUGCAGGCACGCAAAAAUGCUCCAUUCUCCGGAGGAUCAACUCCCUUGGGAGACCUUCGAAAGGCUCUUCAUUCUGAAGCUGUUAAGGCAGGGAUUAAGGAGGCACCAACCGGAUUCAGUUUCUUAUGGGUUGUGGAUUUCCCACUGUUUUCGCCAAUUGACGAGAACGAACCGGGCCAAGGAGGUACAGCGGGUCUCGCAUCUACACAUCACCCUUUCACAGCACCCAAAUCAGCCGCUGAUGUUGAUCUCAUGGUUACCGAUCCUGCAGCAGUAGUAGCUGACCAUUACGACCUAGUUGUCAACGGCGUCGAAUUGGGAGGUGGAAGUCGCCGUAUCCACGAUGCUCGUGUACAGGAAAUUGUUUUUAGGGAUAUACUCAAGAUGCCAGAGUCGCGCCUAACUGAGUUCUCGCAUCUACUCGAAGCACUAAAAGCUGGAUGUCCACCUCAUGCAGGUAUCGCACUUGGAUUCGACAGAUUGAUUGCCGUCAUGCUAGGCAAGGAAUCUGUUCGCGAUGUAAUUGCAUUCCCCAAGUCGGGCAAAGGAGAGGAUGUUAUGGUGGGCUCUCCGAGUGAGUUGUCUGAAGAGGCUUUGGACACCUACCAUCUCCGUCUCAGGUAAUGGCCGUUCUUUGAGGGUCUUGAAUGCAAAAGAGUCGCUUUUAGCGCAGUGUAUUAUAUGUACCAUAUGCAAUAUACGAAAUACUCA